AUUCAUGAGCCAGCAGGAUGCGGUCGCUGCGCUCUCAGAACGCCUGCUCAUAGCUGCGUACAAAGGCCAAACAGAGAAUGUGGUUCAGCUCAUCAACAAGGGUGCCAAGGUAGCGGUUACCAAGCAUGGCCGGACCCCCUUGCACCUCGCUGCCAAUAAGGGUCAUCUUUCUGUGGUGCAGAUUUUGCUGAAGGCUGGCUGUGACCUCGAUGUACAAGAUGAUGGGGACCAGACAGCCUUGCACCGAGCCACUGUGGUGGGAAAUACUGAGAUCCUCACAGCGCUUAUCCAGGAGGGAUGUGCCCUGGACAGACAGGACAAGGAUGGGAAUACAGCCCUGCAUGAAGCCGCCUGGCAUGGAUUCAGCCAGUCAGCCAAGCUGCUCGUUAAAGCCGGAGCCAAUGUGCUCGCCAGAAACAAGGCAGGGAACACGGCUCUACACCUGGCCUGCCAGAACAGUCACUCCCAGAGCACGCGUGUCCUCCUGCUGGGCGGCUCCCGGGCUGACCUCAAAAAUAAUGCAGGGGACACGUGUUUGCACGUGGCUGCACGGUAUAAUCACUUGUCCGUCAUCAGACUGCUCCUCAGUGCUUUCUGCUCUGUUCAUGAAAAGAACCAGGCUGGAGACACGGCCCUCCAUGUGGCUGCUGCCCUAAAUCACAAGAAGGUAGUUAAAAUCCUGCUGGAAGCUGGUGCUGACACUACCAUUGUGAACAAUGCAGGCCAGACCCCGCUGGAGACUGCCCGCUAUCACAAUAAUCCUGAAGUUGCUCUACUCCUCACCAAGGCUCCCCAGAUCUUGCGUUUCAGUCGUGGGCGAAGCCUGAGGAAAAGGAGAGAGAGGCUCAAGGAAGAGAGGAGGGCCCAGUCUGUGCCCAGAGAUGAGGUGGCACAGAGCAAGGGAAGUGUCUCAGCAGGAGACACCCCCAGCAGUGAACAAGCUGUACCCCAAAAGGAGGAAGCUAGAAGAGAUUGCCCACCAGCUUCCCAGGACCCAAGAAAAGAUGAAAGGAGGAAAAAGUCAAGGCCAGCGGUGUCAGCACUAUCUGACCCCACCCCAGCAGCCGACCAACAGCCUGGACACCAAAAGAACCUGCACAGUCAUCACCACCCCAAAAAGAAGAGCAGACAUCGAUGUUGGUCCCCACCUCCACCCCACGGGUUCAGGGCAUACCAGCUAUACACGCUGUACCGUGGCGAGGAUGGAAAAGUGAUGCAGGCGCCAAUAAAAGGUUGUCGCUGUGAACCUCUAAUCAACAAGCUGGAGAACCAGUUGGAGGCAACUGUGGAGGAGAUAAGAGCUGAGCUGGGAUCGGUGCAGGAUAAAGUGAACACAAAGCUGGGCCAGAUGGAGAGCAAGACCCAGCACCAAAUGUGUGUUUUGGACAAACUGAUGGUAGAGCGACUGUCAGCGGAGAGAACGGAAUGCCUGAAUCGCCUGCAACAGCAUGCAGCUGCUGAGAAGCAGGAGGGAGAGAAACGUCAGAUGUCUUUGGUGGAUGAACUAAAAGCCUGGUGCAUGUUGAAGAUCCAGAAUCUGGAGCUGAAACUUUCUGGAGAGUCUCGGACCUUUAGAGCUAAAUCCACACCAUCUCCCUCUGACUCCUCUCUAGCUGUAGACCAACCAGUGGUAGCUGCAGAGCCAGGAGCAGCUUCCGACAGCUCCUCUCAGGUUGUAAGACCCAAGGACAAGGCACUCAAUGCCACUGCUGCCCAUAGACACCAGCAGGAGCUGCUUCCCUCUGACUGCACAGGCUCCGGGUUAAGGAAGGUCAAGGCCCCAGGUGCUUCCAGGUAUGAUCAGCAGACUGGGUCCUGUGUUAACCGAGGCACUCAAACCAAGAAGUCUGGGAGAAGCGGGCAGACCAGGCAUCGAGGCCAGCAGCCGACAACCAGCAGCCUCAGUGGACAGCAGCCAGCAGCAGCCAGCAGCGAUGCUCGAGAUGCCUCGCAAGCCCUGGAGCUAACCCAGUAUUUUUUUGAGGCCGUUUCUGCGCAGAUGGAAAAGUGGUAUGAACGGAAAAUUGAAGAAGCACGGAGCCAAGCCAGUCAGAAAGCUCAGCAAGAUGAGGCCACAUUGAAGGAACAUAUCAGAAGUCUGGAAGAGGAGCUUGCCAAGCUGCGGACAAAGGUGCAGAAGUAAAACCCAGACCCUGAGGUGGACCCAACAGGGUUUCUGGCUUGAUAAUAGCAAAGUAACCAU